AUGUCGACGGCAGCAGCGCCUGGUAAGCUGGCCAGCACCAUCACAACCAACCUUUCGUCGCUCGCAUCCAAAGCGAUGGCCGCGACUUCAACCCAGCAGUCGCUCAUGCAGUCGGUCAAGCGCAUCAUCCCGCCUCUCUCGUCCACCAAGCAUAAAGGUCAAGCUGGACGCAUCGGCAUCGUCGGUGGAAGCAAGGACUACACGGGCGCGCCCUUCUUCGCGUCGAUGUCAUCGAUGCGCUUCGGAUGUGACAUGUCGUACACGGUCUGCACGCCCGAGGCUGGCAACGUGAUCAAGACCUACUCGCCGGAUCUGAUCGUCAACCGCCUGCUCGAUCCCGAGGCACGGUGGGAGGACGUCGAAACGCAAGUGGAAGAGCUGUUCCAGCGCUUCCAUGCGGUGGUCAUCGGUCCCGGGUUGGGUCGGGAUGACUUUAUGCAAAAGUGCGCCGGGCUGUGUGUCAAGCUGGCGAGGAAACACGACAUGUAUGUGGUGGUGGAUGCCGAUGGACUGUGGCUGCUGCAGAACGAGCCGGAGCUGGUCAAGGGGUAUCAGAAGGCGAUCCUGACGCCCAAUGUGGCCGAGUUUGCCAGGCUGUGCGACAAGAUGGGGGUGGACGCCAAACAGGAUCCGGACCAAGCGGCGAUCAAGCUGGCAAAGGCACUAGACGGCCCCACGAUCGUUGAGAAGGGCAAGGUGGACCGGAUCACCAACGGGAAGGAGGUGCUGUAUGUCGACAUCGAAGGCGGUCUCAAGCGGUGCGGUGGGCAGGGCGAUAUCCUCGCCGGCUGCCUCGGCACCUUUGCCGGCUGGGCGAAGAUUUACGAGCAAGAGCAUCCCAAUCUGCCGACCACUUCGGAGAACGGCAAAGACGGCGAGCUCAUCGCUCAGGAUAGAUUGCUGCUGCUGGCAGGAUACGGCGCAGCGUUGACAGCGAGGACAUGCAGCAGGUUGGCGUUCUACAAGAAGAAGAGGGCCAUGCUGGCGGAUGAUCUGCUGCCAGAGGUGGGUCCUGCGUACGAGGAGCUGUGGGGAGAUGUGCAGGCGAUGCUGUGA